AUGCCCUAUGUGAUCAACUUGGAUCCUGCGGUCAAGAAUCUGGGCUACGCACCCAACAUCGAUAUCAGAGACACCAUCAACUACAAAGAGGUUAUGAAGCAGUACCAACUGGGUCCUAACGGUGGUAUCUUGACUUCGCUGAACUUGUUCGCCACCCGGUUUGAGAAGGUGCUAGAAAUCAUAGACAAGCGCGCGACUCAGGUCGACUACACCUUUGUCGACACCCCCGGGCAGAUAGAAAUCUUCACGUGGUCAGCCAGUGGUGCGGUGAUCACCGAGUCGUUGGCGUCUACCUUCCCCACCGUGGUGGUGUAUGUCAUAGACACUCCGCGGUGCGUUAGCCCCAUCACGUUCGUCAGUAACAUGCUGUAUGCGUGCAGCAUCAUGUAUAAGACGCGACUGCCGAUGGUGAUCGCGCUGAACAAAGCCGAUGUGGUAGACACUGAGUUCGUUGAAGAGUGGAUGACCGACUUUGACGCUCUGCAGGAUGCGCUGGCACAGGACGACUCGUACAUGUCCUCGCUCUCGCGGUCGAUGGGGAUGGUGUUGGAAGAGUUCUAUAAUCAUAUGCAGAGCGCCAGUGUAUCGGCGGUGACAGGCCAAGGGAUAGAGGAGUUCUUCACGGCCGUAGACGCAGCGGUAGAGGAAUACGACACUAUAUACAAACCCGAGUUAGAGAGGAUAAAGAAAGAAAGGGAGGGUAAGCAACAACAGGAACGCGAUGAACAAAUGGAGAGGAUCCAGCGAGAUAUGGGCAAGAACGGACAGACUUUGGAGGCGAUGGCGAUGGCUAAAAGGGAAGAGGAGGGAUCGGAGGAAUCGGGAUCUGAUGACGACGAACAGCGGGAGGUGGAUGCCUUCGACCGUUUCAUCACCACACAGAAGUGAAUGCCCCCUACCAAUGGGCAAUAAUCUAGUACAAAUACCCGAUCAAUAUAUAAAAUAGAACUUAAAGC